AUGAGGCAUCUAAUUCAGAUUCCAGGUGGGAAAGGGAAUGGAGAUUCACACUUCUCUAUGGACCUAUCAUCAUUUUGUGGGGAUAGUAUUUUAGAGUUUGCCGACCCAUUUUCCUUAUCUCUUCAGUGUGCUGAUCCAUGUGGCAAAUAUGUCAGCUUGACAUUGAAUAUAUCAGCAGACUUACAGUCAUUGUUUACAUGGAAUACGAAGCAGGUUUUCGUAUUUCUAGCUGCCGAGUAUGAAACCCCAAAGAAUUCCUUAAAUCAGAUUUCACUUUGGGAUGGCAUUAUAGCUUCUAAAGAGCAUGCAAAGUUUUGGACGCAUACCUCUAACAAGUAUCGUUUUAUUGAUCAGGGAAGCAACCUUCGUGGUAAAGAGUUUAACCUGACAUUGCAUUGGCAUGUCAUGCCCAAGACUGGCAAGAUGUUUGCGGACAAACUAGUCAUGUCCGGAUACCACUUGCCGAAGGAAUAUAGAUGAGGUUUCUUGUGUAUGUUGUUGUAACUUCAGCCUUUUUGAUAUGGGGAUACAAAAGGUCAGCUGAAUUAGGUCAUAAAGAGGCAAAGUUACAUGUUUUAGAGACUGAGAAAAUGAAUAUUGCUUGCAAUUUUAGACCCACAAAAAUAUCGUUGCCAGUUAUCA